AUGGCAUCCAAAACAACGAAAAGCAAGGAUGGAGAGGCACCGGAAGAAACGAGUGACACGGAAGACCCUGUGCGGGAGAGGCAGCUGUACCUGCAGGAGGAGUGCAGGAUCCUCACACUACACCUGGACACGUACCUGGGGAGAGCGGAGCAGCUCCUGCACGGAAGCAAACGCCUGGAAAAGGAAGCCCAGGGCACUCAGGAGCAGAGCCAGUCCUACCUGUCCUGCGGAGCAAAGCUCAGCCAGGACCCCCCGGAUAUGGUCAUCACCCUCAACGACCAGAACUGCCAGGAUCUGGCCCGAAUCCAGGAGCAGAAGGAGGAGCUGAUCCCACGGUAUGCUGGCAAGGAGCGGGAGGUGAGGAGUGCCCUGAAGGACACGGAGGCCGAGGCCUCGCUCCUGGACACGGAGCUGGAGGAGCUGGAGCCGUACAAGGAGCAGAAGGUGCAGGCGGAGCAGAAGGUGAAGGCGCUGGAGAAGGAACUGCGGGUCACCAGGAUACGCUGCGCUGAGGAAACCCACGCCGUCAGGAGCAAGUUCCUGCAGGAAAAGGCUGACUGUGAGCAGCAAUUCCAGCAGAGGAUGCAGGAGCUCACCUGGGGAGCGCAGGAGGUGGCGUUCAAGGCUCUGAUCCAGCACGUGGAACAGGUGAAAGCAGAGAACAGGCUCCUGCGCCAGGAGCUGCUCGGCCUCCUCCAGCACUGCCAGCUCCUCCGAGACGCCAAAAUCCAGCUGCAGGAUCAGCAGGAGCAGCUGCUCCGGGAGAAGCGGUGCGCCCAGCGGGCAGCACUGCUCACACCAGCACCGGCCCCACGGUGCCGCGGGGACAACCCGCUGUGGCCACCCGUCAGCACGGGCCACUGA